CAUGGAUGCAUAGUUAAAAGAGUCUCCUCGAUUAACUAAGAUGGGAUAGAUGAUAUUACAUUUAAGUCUUGCGAUUGAAGUGGUCAGCAGUUUGAUGUUGAAUUUAAGAUGGCGGUCAAUAUCGUGGACUGUAUCGAACUGACAAUCAUAUAGCUGGCAAGCUCAAAAUACAUAAAGAUAUGUACAACUACACGAUUUACCAUAUUCAUAACGUAUUUUAUCCGAUCAAUACAUGACUUUUAAGGGUACUCCAUUUAGGUACUCCAUAGGGUACUCCAUCGAGUAGGGCUCCGCGUUUUUGUCAUCUACCCGUUUCAAUGGCAUUCUUCAGUUGGUUGAAAUAAAAAAUUCUAUAAUUACAUGAAAAUUUAUUCAUCUUAACCCACUUUUACACAGGUUACAUAGUUUGAGAUGGACUGGGGUUGGAUUAAGCGAGGCUAAUGUUUAUUAAUUUUAAAUUCCUAAGGGAAAUCAGCCAGAAUGUCUGGGAAAACCUCUCAUACAGCUCUUUCAGCGGCGAUAUCUCAAGGAAUUUUAGGCUCUCCAUCUCUUAUUUAUAAACCAGGAAAGCCUAAGCAUGCAGGUCUGUUUUACGAUCUCGACGAAUUCGAAUCUGGACUCAACAGGGCAGAAGAAGCUUUUGGUGAAGAUUUUCUCCAUGCGAUUGCUAUAAAGGCCAAUCCAGUCUCAGCCAUGCUGAAGAUUAUUCUGGAAAAGGGUCAUGGUCUGGAGUGUGCGUCAAUCACGGAAGUGCUACAUGGCAUGGAUCUUGGAUUUCCUCCUGAGAAAAUUGUGUUUGACUCACCUGUGAAAACAGAGCCAGAAUUAAAGUUUGCUUUAGAAAAUGGUAUUCAUAUAAAUGUGGACAAUUAUCAAGAACUUGAGAGAAUAACAGCUAUAAUAAAAGACCAAGGUCAAACAAAGUCAUCAGUUGGCAUAAGAUUGAAACCUAUUCUUGGAGUUGGUGCUGUUAAAGAUCUAAGUACAUGUACAACAGAUUCAAAGUUUGGAGUCCAGCUGACAGCCUCAUCAAAGGAAGAGAUCAUUAGCUGGUAUAUGGAUCAUCCUUGGUUGACAGGAGUUCAUAUACAUAUUGGGUCCCAGAGUUUUGAUUGUGGUGAUCUUACCCGUGGUGUGAAAUGUGUUGUUGACUUUGCUUUGGAAGUGAACAAAAGAUUAGGAAAAAAACAGAUCAGCAUUAUUGACAUUGGGGGUGGAUUACCUGCUAACUUGGAGGAUGACACAACCCGACCAUCAUUUCAAGAUUAUGCACAGGCCUUAAAAAAAGAAGUUCCAGAACUCUUUCCCAGCUAUGGGACUUUCAAGAAAGUAAUUACAGAAUUUGGCCAAGCAUUUAAUGCAAAGGCUGGCUGGUUGGCUAGUAGAGUGGAAUAUACCAAAAAGGCAUCAGAUGACCUAAGAAUCGCUCUCAUACAUUUUGGAGCAGAUAUGAUGAUGAGAACUUGUUACUGCCCCAACAUACAGAAAUACCAAAGAAGAGUGGAAGUUUUUAGCAAGGAAGGACAAUUGAAAGAAGGAGAGAGAAUGCGUUAUAAUAUUGCCGGACCACUGUGCUUUUCUGGCGACGUAGUAAAGCGAGACGUGCUUCUACCGACGGUUGAAGAAGGAGAUUACCUAAUUCUCCAUGAUUGUGGUGCAAAUUCCCUGUCACUUUUUUCACGACAUUGCAGUCGUCAAGCGCCUGCUGUUUUUGGUUAUCGAAUGCUUGAGGAUGGCAGCGUGAGCUUUGAAGUAUUAAAAGAAGCAGAAACAGUAGAUGAUCUUCUGGUAUUUUGGAAAGGUAGAAAAAUGUAACCAGAACCUGAAAGGUGGACAGAGGUGUUACCCACAGACAAGGAACUCAAUUUAAAGCACUUUUCGUGGCCAUUUUUUAAUUUUUAAUGAGGGAUAGUAGCUAUUUGGAAGGGCUUAACGUCAAAUAGAUAUAAAUUAUAAUUUGUCAAGUUAUUCAGUAACUUUUGAAAUUAUUUUUAAUUUGAAUAUCACGGCAUAGGUGGCCAUUUUUAUCCCAAGGUUAAGAGAUUUGACCGUAGUUUCGUCAAUUCAUAUACCAUUAACGUCGUAAUUUAAUUUUGGUGUAGAAGUAACGGAUUUAGACAUAAAAAUCACUCAUCAAAAAGUGUUGCUUUUAGAAUGGUAUGCAUAAAGACGGCAUCUGUAACGCACGUGCAGGACUGCGGUAUUUUUAACCCUACACGCAGCAGUCAUACCUCACUGGCACAGCUGAAAACAAGAACACUUUCGGAAGAUUUAUAAAACUACCCUACCAAAAUGAAGGGAUUUCUUGCCUUUCUUUUGCGGUGGACUGUUGCCAGAGGCUUUGUGCCUGUGAUUAAGUUCGACGAUGUCGAGCUCCAUUGGAAAGCUUGAAGGGGCUAUCGUGACAAAGCCACCUGACCGAGAGUGAAGAAGCUGCGAAGGAGAGCCAUAUUUGCCUUCGAAGUAAAGUUCGUGUGAUAAAGGAAUGUAAGCACUGCGCUUAGAAGUUUGCACUGAAGAGGAAUGUAAAAAUUUGCAGGAGCAAAUAUAAAGUUUCUACGACGAAUAUAAAGUUUGUAGAAGGAAUAUAAUUGUGGACGAGAAAUAUAAACUUUGUAUUGAAGAAUAUAACGUUUUCACGAGCAAUGCAAUUUUGCACGAGAAAUAUAUAAUGUUGGCUCGGUCCCAACAUACGGUUUCGCGGUUCAA